CCAGGAGACUUGCAACCUCCAAUUUGCUGCCCUUCUUCACUUCUUCCAGCUGUUUUCCGUCACGCCGAAACGAAGCUUUACGAUUCAGCAGAGGAGUCCUACUCUACAGUGCUUGUGGACUGAUCAAAGCAUCCUCAGUCGUAUCCUCGGACACUCAACUCCCAAUAGCCUUGCGAUGAAAUUGAAGAGCAUAACAAGAACUACAGGAUGAGUCCGUUCGGUGCUCUUGCAGGGCAAACUUCUCUAGCGAACUCUUCAAACUUAUUUGAACAGUUUUUGCAAUUAUUCGGAAAGGAUCCAACCGAAACAUCUGUCAUUGUCACUUGAAAAUCACCUUUCUCCUGUGACUUCAAGCGAUCUCGGCAAGACAUUUGUUUACUCCAGGUUCUGGAACUACCGAUCAGUGCUACGGGCCCUGGAGUCUCGGGAAUUCGAGAACAUAAUUCGCUUGUUACAAUGUUCUUUUCGCUAUGAAAAUGACGGGAAAUUAUGAUAAAGCACCCAUUGAGAAGUCGACAUAGAGAUGCAUGCGCAGGUACCAACAAAUCUCUAAGGAAGAGUCAUUAUUCUCCCAAACUUUUCUGAUAGCUCCUCCAUUCAAUCGAGCCUGAAAUAUAGCCUGAACAUCAGCGCCCGACAGUAGAUCGAAGCUGCAUCGAAGCCAAAACGCCCAAGAAGCAAAGGAAAUACUAUGAUACGCGAGUAUUCGAUGUGGAUUAGCCUCCGGAGCAGACCUGCGAUCUAUGCAUUUUCCAUCGAAAGUGGCUUUUCAGCUUCAAUUCAGUCCGAAUUUGGAAAGUGGUCCUUGUUGAGAUACAAGGGCUGAAUCCAAUGAAAGUCAACGAAAUUCCUUGUACGACUAUGCCCUGGUCAAGCCCACGGUGCUUACCGACAUUUGCAGCAACUCAUCGGGCCGCGACCCCAGAAUUUCCUGCAUAAAGUCCAGUAAUCCUUUUAAUCUUCAAACUUGCAUCGCCAAAAAGUCAAGAUGGAGAAAACAACUUUCACAGUUGCAGCGGCGGCUGUUGCAGCUCACUUCAUUUUGUUUCCAAUCCACGAGGUGUCAACCACGAAAGUCUUGAGUACAUACUCGAUCGCUAACACAAUUGUUUUCGGCUUUAUCUUCACCACUCAUGAUUAUCUUCCAUCCUUGUUCUCUCGCUUCGCUGCAGUGAACUUCACUUUCCUAUUGAUCUUUUUCUUCUUGACUAUAAUCCGUCGUGUCUACUUUUCCCCAUUGUCUCACUUCCCUGGACCAAAAGCAGCGGCUAUAUCAAACAUCUAUUUAGCCAACGAAUUCCGUACGGGACGAGGAUCUCACACUGUGCUAAAAUUACACAAACAAUACAACAGUGACUUCAUUCGCAUCGGCCCUAGAGAGCUCAGUAUUAGAAAUGUUGAGGCUAUCGAAGCAAUCUAUCGCGGUAAAUACCCGAGAGGGACAUUCUAUGAGGUUGGAGCCAUGAACGGAGAAUUCAAUCUCAACACUCAAAGGAACUACAAACUACACACGCCAUGGAGACGAAUCUGGGAACGAGCUUUCGCGAGCAGCGAAUUUCAGCACUACAAUCCACGAGUUGAGAAACACGUUGCUGAUCUCCUAGGAGCAAUCAAUUUUUCUAGCGGCGAAGAUAUAAAUUGCUCUAAGCUUAUGGAAGACUUCUCGUUUGAUGUGAUGGCCGACUUAUCCUUCGCCCACGACGCAGGUAUGCUAAGCGGCACUGGCGACAACACUUACAUGCAUUUCAUUCAUAAAUACAUGUCUGCACUUGGAGUCAUCUCCAUAUUCCGGAACCUCUCCCAGCUCAUGAUCUACCUCCCCGAACCGGCAGACGUGAAAUCCUUCCGCCUCCGGGGCGAAGCUCUCCUCUCAGCACGUCAAAAACUCGGAACUACGCGGAAAGACAUCUUCUCCCACCUCCUAGGUACAGAUACGGAGACUAGCACUCCAAUCAAGUUUUCUCAAGCACAGCUGAAUUCGAACGCGAAUUUGAUCAUCAUUGCUGGGUCGGACACGGUCUCUACUACGCUGACGCAGACAUUUCGUCUCUUGGCUAAGCAGCCUUCGAUCUUGAAGAAACUACAAACGGAAGUGGACGAGCACUUGAAAGGAAGCGAAAAGACUGUGGAUAGCGUACGAAGCUUGCCAUACUUGAAUGCUGUCGUGAACGAAAGUCUUCGUCUCUUCAACCCAGUUCCAAUGGGUGCUCACGCCGCCACACCUCCGUCCGGAGUCCAUAUCGACAACACAUUCAUCCCUGGCAACAUCCAAGUCAGCGUCCCACCGGUCGCACUCAUGACAGAUCCUCGCUACUUCACCAAACCUGAUGAGUUCAUCCCCGAGAGGUGGUUAGAUUGGAAUGAGGGUAUCAAAGACAGAAGAGCGUUCUUUCCUUUCGGGUACGGCGUGCACAGUUGCGUGGGACGACAACUCGCUCUGAAUGAGAUGCGAGCAGUCCUCGCUGGAGUGGUGCAGAAGUGGUAUAUCGUCCUCGGAGAGAAGUAUAAUGAAGUGGAAUGGCAAGCUGGUGUGAGAGAUCAUGCAGUGCUACAAGUUGGUGAGCUUUGGGUCAAGUUCUUACCACGCUCUCAUUAAGUCACGCGAAAGGCAGGAAGGGCACGGGGAAGCAACCACAUCACGAAGUCACGAAUUGAAGCAUAGGAGUUGUUGCUGAAUACUUUCAUUCAAUCAACAAAGCCCGUCAAAGCAGUAACAUGAAGCCUCACAACCCAAGGCGAAUCCAUGAAACCAAUGACAAAGGAAGUCCUCCCACCUCGAGGCACCGGUAAAACCCCUGUGGGGAAAAAGGUUUACCUCUCACCUGUCCACCGGACACACCUAUCUCCAAGUACCCUUCAUCAUGAGGAUAAGAACAAAAUGAUUGUGCCCGCCCAAGAAUCAACUCACUCCUUUGUGUGUGUUGCUUUUCUCUUCCUUCCCUUGCCGUCCCCCAACCCCCAUUUUUUUUUUGUUUUUUGUUUUUUGUGUGUUUUGUUUCCCCUUCCCCCCUUCUCCCUCCUCCAUCUCUCCCCGUCCUUGUAUGUCUUUUUUUUGUGGUGUGGUGUGGUGUUUUUUUUUGGUAUGUCGCUCAUUCCCUCCCUCUCUCUCCUUCCCUCAUUCCCUCACUCUUCCCCUUCCCUUCCCUUCUUCUUCUUCUUCCUCUCUCUCUCUUUUUUUUUUUUUUUUUUUUUUUUUUUUUUU